GCAAAGUUCCGUGAUCAGUGAUUCGUCGAGUCGAGCGUCUUCGCAAUCACACAUCACUUGCUUGGUUUCCCAUUUCAUUCUCAAAGUUUCGUCUUCGAACUCACACUACACCAGACAACAACUACUGACGUUACUAGUUACCGAUGUCAUCUCCUUCCAUCGACACGUACACAGGGCAAGCUGCGUUCGUGCCAGGCUUCGACCUCAAGCCCCACUCGUUCACCCCCAAGCCGUUCGAUGAGGACUUCGACGUAGAGAUCCGGGUCACACACUGCGGCAUUUGCGGCUCCGACCUGCACACCGUGUCUGGCGGGUGGGGCCCCAUUCCGUACCCCAUGGUCGUCGGGCAUGAGAUCAUCGGCCACGUCGUCCGCGUUGGUCGGCUAGUAGACCCGGCCAAGUUUGCUCUCGGCACCCGCGUGGGCGUGGGGGCUCAGUGCGCCAGCUGUCUCGACUGCUCGGCCUGCGGGCGGGACCGCGAACAGCUGUGUCCGGACAUGAAGUGGACGUACAACAGCACGAUGGACCUCCCGAACGGAGCCAAGUACGUCACGCAAGGUGGGUACGCUGACUAUUACCGAUGCCACCACAAGUUUGCGUUUGUAAUUCCGGACGGGUUGACGUCCGAGAGCGCCGCGCCCAUGAUGUGCGCUGGUGUAACGACAUACUCGCCGCUCAAGAAGUUCGGCGUCGGGCCAGGUAUGAACGUGGGGGUGUUGGGCAUCGGGGGCUUGGGGCACUUGGGAAUUCAGUGGGCCGUGGCGAUGGGCGCGACGGUGUCGGCGCUGUCGUCGUCGGGCAAGAAGGAGCGCGAGUGCAGGGACCUCCUCGGCGCGCACAAGUAUGUCAACUACUCGGACCCGGCGCAGGUGGCCGCCGCUAGCCAGUCGCUCGACGUCAUUCUGUGCACGUCGUACAGCGAUAAGACGGACUGGAACAUGCUGCUGGGCCUCGUAGCCACCGAGGGCAAGUUCGUGCUCGUGGGGCUGCCGGAAGUGCCCAUCUCGUUCCAUGCGUUCUCCAUCGUGCCGCGUGAAAUCUCGUUCGUUGGGUCCGUGAUUGGGUCCCCAGCUGACAUUGAAGACAUGCUGCAGUUUGCUGUCGACAAAAACGUCAACUCGAUCGUGGAAGUGAUGGCUAUGAAAGAUGCCGCCGCCGCCAUGCAAAAGGUGCACGAUGGCCAAGCUCGGUUCCGCAUUGUGCUCAAGAACGAGUAAAGAUAGAUGAGCGUUUGAUUAGAUGCAAUUGUUUACUAGAAAGCACUCGGAGUUUGUUCGUCAUUUGAGUGAAUAAGGUGGUAGACAUCGAUGGCUUCAGUGUAUGGUUCCUUCCGC